AUGGUUGUCUCUCAAUCAAAGUGGAUAAAUAGAGGUAAGAUAUUGCGAUUGUUUUCCUCUUUUUUCUCUUGCACUCAAGAUCAAAAUAAACUCAAACAUGAGCCUCAUGAGGUGGAAAAAAAUCUUCAGAGAGACAAUAAGGCAUCCAGGGAUGAGAACAAGGCUCUUAGAAAAGAUAAUAAGUCCCUUUGGAGAGAAAAUAAAGCUCUUCAUCAAGAAAACAAAGCCUUCCGAAUGGACAACCAUUUGAUCUGGGAGGUGAAUCAAUCCCUGAGAGAGCAAAACCAGGUCCUAUGGAAGUUUAAAAAUGUGAUCUUGGAGAGCCAAAGACCACCAGAGGAAAAAAUCAAUGCUUUGAACACAGAAAGAAAGUCUCAUUGGCAACAGAAUCGAGCCCUGGAGGCUCAGAUCAAGGCUGUCAGAGAACAGGAGAAAGCCUUCCAGAAUGAGGCGAAAGCUCUUCAGGAAGAAAUACAGUCUCUCCAUGAGGAGAUCAAGGCCCUGAAACACCAGGAGAGAGCACUCAAGAUGGAGGAACAAGACUUGAUGAAAGAAGGAAAAGCACUAGAGAUGGAAGAACGGGCUCUGUGGAAGGAGGAGCAGGCCCUUCGUGAGGAGAACAAGGCUCUUAGAGAAGAAAACAGUGCACUUCAAGAGGAGGAAAAAGCCCUUCGGGAAGAGGCAAAGGUCCUUGAGGAGUGGAAUAAGAUUCUUCUGGGAAAGAUAAGAAACACACUUACGGGGAAAAUGCACAAUAAAACAAAGCAGGAGAAUUGUGACUUGAAGAUGUAA